GGCACUGAAAACAGGAACGGUGUUUUUCCCCCGUGACACGCCCGGACAUAAUUUGACAACGGACCAGUCCGCUUCCGGUGCAGUUGUCAACAGAGAAGUACCACGCGUGUACAGUCAAAAUGCCAAAGGCUCAGAAAGGAAAAGUGUCGGAGAAAGUCGUUCACCCGUUCAGCAGGAAAGCUGCUUAUCUCGCCCGAGAAGAAAUCAGACUGAAAAGGAAAGAAAGGCAGAAAAAUGACAAAGCCACGCGUCUGAGCAGCAUUGGUGAGAAGCUGUUGUGGUUUCAGGGACACUUAGAUCCAGCAAAGACGUCUUACACCAGAAAAGAUGCCUGCGACGUCAUCGAGAGGUACCUGCAAAGGUUUGAUUCUGAACUCGAGCAGAUCGAGUUGAUGAAUGGGAUCAAAGGUCGUCAGGGCCGUCUCCAUGGUGCCAGAGAGGCUGUCAUCAAGCAGACCAUCGAGCGGGAGCAAGCGCAGUAUGAGGGCGUCGGAUUUGAGAUCCCAGACAUCAUCAAUGCAAAGCAUCUGAAAACAUUCAGGGAGUGGACCGGCGACCUAAAGAAACUUCCAAAUAUUAAACUGCGAAAAGUGUCAAAGAAGGGUCAGGACACAAAGAGUGAGAAAGAAGAGAAACACGAGGCAGAAGAUGAUGAUAAUGAGGAUGAUGACGAUGAUGAUUUGGAUGACGAACAGGUAAAUGAGAUGGUUCUGAUGUCGGACUCAAACUGAGGCUGUCUGUUCACGACAACUGAACAUCAGACGGCCUUCAGCAAAGACUUUUUAAUAGAAAAACUGUUAGUGAGCAUGUGUGAGAAGAUGCUGCUACUCCACUGUUGUCCAGAAGAUGGCGCCAUGACCUCAGACAUGGAGAAUAAAUUUCUAUCACUUUGA